CGUUUGAUGAAGGCUCUAAGUCUUCCUCGCUGGUAAACUUCUGAUCUUUUGCUGGUUUCUGCUGAGCUAUGUGCUUCGGGUGGUCAGAACUGGUCUGCUCUCCGUAUAAUCCUUUUGUCUUCUAGGCAGGCUUUAUAUCCCUUAUCUUCCAAGGACAUGCUGUUACUAUCAGUUCUCUGCAGCUCGGUGGGCAAAAGGCCCAGAGUCUUAAAGGUACAAAUCAGUUAUUAACUUUUUCCCCUCACCAACAGUAAAGUUCUGUGCUGAGCUGAUGAUGUAUGCUGGGGUAGGGGGGAGGUCCUCUGGCCCCUUUUGCCAGAUGCUGUCUAUUGUCUAAAGCAGUGAUAAAACAGUUACUGAUGGCUGCUCUCUGCCUUCCACCUUUCCACUGCCGUUCCUUAGACUUUCACUGACUUGCCUCUUUUUUCUCUUGUCCCUUUAUCUUUUAAUUAAUUGGAGUGGUAACAGAUAAUGGCUGUCUUGGAUACGCUGGGUGGGCUGGAGCAGACAGUUUGUUGCAUGUGUUAUGAGCAGGAAUUUGUUCAAGGAUAAAUCUGCUGUUGUAAUACAGAAAUUCAGGAGGGGGCCUCAGAGGGAUUGCUCGUGCUUGAAAGUAUGUUUGUAACUUCCCUUUUGAGCACAAAGGGCUGUUCUAUUACAUUACACUGCAAGGGACAACAGACAACCGGAGUGCUUAACUUUUGUAGAGGAAAAACGUACUCCUGAGAAAGCAUCGUGACAGCUAAAACAGAGGGAGGAACAGGAUGGUGACUGCCAAGGCCUGGGUUCUGAAGAAGCAUUUUGAGGGUUUCCCCAAAACCAGUGACUUUGACCAGAAAAUGAUAGAGCUGCCAAAUCUAAAGGAUGGUGAGUUGCUGCUUGAAUCAGUGUUUCUCAGUGUUGAUCCUUACAUGAGACCUUACAGUCAAAGGGACAUGAAGGAAGGGGACAUAAUGAUAGGCACACAGGUUGCCAGAAUUGUAGAAAGCAAGAAUCCUGCUUUCACAGUGGGGGCCUUUGUUGUAGCUAGAAGUGGCUGGAGAACUCAUUUCAUCUCUGAUGGGAAAGACCUCCAACACCUUCCUCCCAAUUGGCCGGAAUCACUCCCCAAAUCUCUGGCUCUUGGGACUGUUGGCAUGCCAGGCCUCACUGCAUAUUUUGGUCUUCUGGAGGUCUGCAAGAUGAAGCCAGGAGAGACAGUGCUGGUUAAUGCUGCAGCUGGUGCUGUGGGCUCUGUGGUGGGGCAGCUCGCUAAAAUCGGGGGUUGCAAAGUGGUUGGCUGUGCUGGCUCAGAUGACAAGGUUGCCUAUCUGAAAAAAAUAGGCUUUGAUGAAGCCUUUAAUUACAAGACUGUUACAUCUCUGGAUGAAGCAUUGCGUAAAGCCUCUCCUGAUGGCUAUGACUGUUUCUUUGACAAUGUGGGUGGAGAAUUUGCCAGUAUUGCUAUCAACCAGAUGAAGAAAUUUGGAAGGAUUGCAGUCUGUGGAGCUAUCUCUCAGUACAAUGUCUCUAUGCCUCAGAAAGGGCCUUACCUGCAGGUUCCAAUGAUCUUCCAAGAACUUCAAAUGAAAGGGUUUAUCGUGACUCGCUGGAAUAACCGUUGGGAGGAAGGUCUGAAGGCACUGCUAAAAUGGGUCAUGGAGGGAAAAGUGAAGUGCCAUGAACAUGUCACUGAAGGAUUUGAGAACAUGCCAACAGCUUUCAUUGGAAUGUUAAAGGGAGAAAAUAUUGGAAAAGCUAUUGUAAAAGCCUGAGGGUCACAUAUUCCUGGGCAACAACUUCUGUUAAUAACAGGGCUAAUAAGUGUAAGCAUAUGUUAAUUGCUUUGCUCUUAAAGAACUUGAGAGUUGCUACACAAAAAAGUGCUUUAAAACUGCUGAACUUCAUGAGAACUGUAACAGAUCUAAUAGUAUCUUUAACCUUUCUACAAGUUGGCUUGUAGAAAAGAAAAGCAAUUCCAAAAGCUCUGCCAGCUGAUGGCACAUCUGAUGACUAAUGUUUACCCAUUGAUUUUGCCCAGAACUUGGCAAGAAGGAUUUUUUUAACCAUUAAGGAGUAAAGAGUAGGCUUACAAUACCUGGGGGUUCCCAACUGGAUGGCUUUUUUUU